AAUAGAGGCGUUUCGAAAAUGCAAAUAGCCUAGGUCGUGCACAAGCACUGAGGCUGAGAACAAUUUGUAUUUAUUAAUGGUUAUCUCCUAUCGGUGUACAUAUGACGCUCGUAGGAUUGUUUGAUAAAUUACACUUUUUUUAUGUGAUAUUUUAGAAUAGUUUCUACGCAAUAUUGAUACAUGAGGCCCCUGGUAAAUAUAAUGGGCAAUCUGUGCUGAAGGGCUGGUCUUCAAUAGGGUACAGUGACAGACUGCAUACUACGUACGGACUGGGCUGUGGGGAAGAGAAAACACACGCAUUUCUUUCUUCAUUUGUUCUCCGACAUUGACGAUCAUGAGCACAGACUGGACGCCCACCCUGUGGUCAGAGUGUUUUGAGGAGAUGUUGGAUGAGGAGUUGGACAGCAGUGACCAGUGGGCCUUCCACUUCAACUAUGGCCUGUCAGAAACACUCACCAAGGAGGAGAGGAGGAGAGGAUGGAGGGUGUACAGCCACUGUGCCUAUGGGCGGUUCCAGUGUGGUGAGUGCUCUAAGACGUGGCGGUCGGCGCGGGUGGUGCUAGUGUUCCGGUACCGUCUGCGGGAUACGACAGCCAGGGGGACCGUGCUGAUGCGGCCGUACGGCCAGGCAUGCAAACGCUGCCGGGAAGAGUUUGAACUCCCAGGUUUCUCCCAGAACGAGGUGGAGGAGGCACUGCUUGGAUUGUUUGGAAAAAUUAAGGAGAACUGCUACGACGAGGAUGAGGAGGAUGAGGAGGAGGAUGAGGAGGAAGAGGAGGAGGAGGAGGAGGAGGAGGAAGAGGAGGAGGAGGAGGAGGAGGAAGAAGAGGAUGUGUCAGAGAAGGUGUCGACGAGGCCCCAUGAGAAAGCCCUGUGUGAAGCCUGCAGACUGGGCAUCUGCUGUCAAGAGUAGAGAAAAAGAGAGAAAGUGUGUGACAGAGAGAAAGUGUGUGUGUGUGUGUGACAGAGAGAAAGUGUGUGUGUGUGUGUGUGUGACAGAGAGAAAGUGUGUGUGUGUGACAGAGAGACAGUGGGGGGAACGUAUAUCCUAAUGCUGUCUAGAAUUCGUUGUAAAAAUAUUAAGAACAGCACUAUCUAUAAUGUGCCUAUGGACUCCAUACAAUCUUUAUGUAGCUUAUGUAGCUUUAUGUAGCUUAAUGCAAUGUACUAUCGUUGGCCAAUAGCAAUGACCUAAUAUUUUAUCCAUAACUUACUUGUACUUUGGAGUUGUGUAGUAAACAUGUAUUAUGUGUAAUAAACAUACAGAAUGGGAAGAC